AUGCCAUCUAACGCAAUCCAGAUCACGCCGGUCCAAACGCGGAGCCAACAAAAACAGUUCACGCAAAUGGCUUGGGACCUGUACCGUGGCGAUCCCAACUGGAUUCCUCCGUUGCGAAUGAAUCAGAAAGAGUUGUUGAACUUCAAGCGACACCCGUUUUACGACAAUGCGGAAAUCCAGCCAUUCCUUGCUGAGCAAAAUGGCAAGAUCGUGGGGCGCAUUGCAGCGAUCAUUGAUCAUGGCCACAAUCGCCAACACGACGAGAAGCGGGGAAUCUUUGGGUUCUUUGAGUCCAUCGAAGACGAGCAGGUCAGCGGUGCACUGUUUCAAGCUGUUACAGAUUGGCAACAAACGAAAGGCAUGGACUGCUUGCGGGGCCCUCUCAAUCCGGCAAUGAAUCAUGAAUGCGGGCUGCUGGUAGACGGAUUCGAAUACCCUCCCACGUUUAUGAUGACAUACAACAAGCCGUACUACGGUCGACUGAUCGAGGCAUACGGCUACGAAAAAUCGCAGGACUUGUAUGCUUACUGGGGCCAUGUUGACAUGCUGCCUCAGAUAGAUCCGAAAGUCACUAUGAUUGCUGAACAGGCGAAGGAAAGAUUUGAUAUCAAAGUUCGCCGUAUCAGUCAGAAGAACUUUGCGCAGGAUGUCGAAAGUUUUCUGGACAUUUACAACAAGGCAUUGCCGGGGACAUGGGGAUUUGUACCGCUGACUCAGGGUGAGUUGAAACACAUGGCGACCGGGCUGAAACAACUGAUCGUUCCCGAGAUGACCACCAUCGCUGAAAAGGAUGGCAAGCCGAUUGGAUGUGUAUUUGGCCUGUUGGACUACAACCCGGUCAUCAAGAAAAUCGACGGCCGCUUGUUCCCAUUUGGCUUCAUGCACCUGCUAUAUGGUCGCAAGAAAAUCAAGCGCGUCCGUCUAGUCAGCACCAACGUCAUGCCGGAAUGGCAGCGUUGGGGAAUCGGAAUCGUUCUUAUCAAUCGGCUUGUCGAAGACAUUCGCGCCUGGGGGAUUGAAGAAGGGGAGUUCUCGUGGGUUCUUGAGUCGAAUCACCUCUCCAAAGCAACUUGGAACGUGGAGGCGCGAAGCUUCAGAAAACCUAUCGCAUCUACGACAAAAAGCUUGCUUAAACCGUGCAGUUUGUUGGUUUAG